AAGAAAUAAAAUAAAAAUCAAUAAAUUUUCUCUCUUAAGUAAACUGGGUAAAGAGAGAGAGCUCUCCAUUCAUUCAAGGGAGGAAACAAAAACAGCUGGUUGCCUCUCACCCCAUCUAAUCUAAAUCUUUCCACUUUUUAUUUACAAGAAGCAUAGAAUAAAGUGCAAGAGAGAAAGCUGAGAAAGACUAUUGCUUAUUUGCUUUCUUUCUCUCUGCACCCAAAGAGGGUCAUUCUUUUGGGUUUUGCUUACUGCAAUGGGCUUGAGGAAGCUGCUUGUAAUGCAGAAUGUGGUAGUGGUGGUGGUGGCUGCUAUGGUGUUUUUAGGUUCUUGGGUUAAUGCAUCUGUUUCUUAUGACAGUAGGGCUGUCACUAUUAAUGGCCAUAGAAGGAUUCUCAUUUCUGGAUCCAUUCACUACCCUAGAAGCUCUCCUGAGAUGUGGCCAGAUCUAAUUCAGAAGGCUAAGGAAGGAGGUUUGGAUGUGAUUCAGACAUAUGUUUUCUGGAAUGGGCAUGAGCCUCAACCUGGAAAAUAUUAUUUCGAGGGGAACUAUGAUCUGGUCAAGUUUAUAAGGCUGAUUCAACAAUCAGGCCUCUAUGUUCAUCUCAGGAUUGGCCCUUAUGUUUGUGCUGAGUGGAAUUUUGGGGGUUUUCCAGUUUGGUUGAAAUACAUUCCAGGCAUAAAUUUCAGGACAAAUAAUAGACCAUUCAAGGCUCAAAUGGAAAAAUUUACCACAAAGAUUGUAAAUAUGAUGAAGGCAGAGAGGUUAUUUGAAUCUCAAGGUGGACCAAUUAUUCUAUCCCAGAUUGAGAAUGAAUAUGGACCCAUGGAGUAUGAACUUGGUGCACCAGGUCAAGCUUACACUAAAUGGGCAGCCAAAAUGGCCGUCGGUCUCGGAACCGGUGUCCCAUGGGUCAUGUGCAAGCAAGAUGAUGCCCCUGAUCCUGUUAUCAACACAUGCAAUGGCUUCUAUUGUGACUACUUCUCCCCAAACAAGGAUUACAAACCCAAGAUGUGGACAGAAGCAUGGACUGGAUGGUUUACGGAAUUUGGAGGUCCUGUUCCAUACCGGCCAGCUGAAGACUUGGCAUUUUCAGUUGCAAGAUUCAUUCAGAAGGGGGGAUCAUUCAUUAAUUACUACAUGUACCAUGGAGGAACAAAUUUUGGCCGGACUGCUGGAGGUCCUUUCAUUGCUACUAGUUAUGACUAUGAUGCUCCUCUUGAUGAAUAUGGAUUAUUGAGGCAACCUAAAUGGGGCCACUUGAAAGAUUUGCAUAGAGCAAUAAAGCUGUGUGAACCAGCUUUAAUAUCUGGUAAUCCCACAGUGAUGCCACUCGGAAACUAUCAAGAGGCUCAUGUGUUCAAAUCAAAUUCUGGAGCUUGCGCUGCAUUCCUUGCAAAUUAUAAUCCUAAGUCUUUUGCUAAAGUGGCGUUUGGGAAUAUGCACUACAACCUACCUCCUUGGUCUAUAAGCAUCCUUCCUGAUUGCAAAAACACAGUUUACAACACUGCAAGGGUUGGGGCUCAAGUGGCACUGAUGAAGAUGACUCCUGUUCCAAUGCAUGGAGGAUUCUCUUGGCAGGCAUAUAAUGAAGAAACAACAUCGUAUGGUGAUAACAUAUUCACAACGGUAGGGUUGUUGGAGCAGAUAAAUACUACUAGAGAUCUCACAGACUAUUUGUGGUACAUGACAGAUGUUGUGAUUCAUCCAAAUGAACAGUUUCUGAAUACUGGAAAGUGGCCUAGUCUUAAUAUCCUUUCAGCUGGUCAUGCAAUGCACGUUUAUGUCAAUGGUCAACUAGCAGGAACUGCUUAUGGAAGCUUAGAAUUCCCAAAGUUGACAUUUAAUCAGGCAGUAAAUCUGAGAGCUGGUGUCAACAAAAUUGCUAUUCUAAGCAUUGCAGUCGGUCUCCCGAAUGUGGGCCCACAUUUUGAGACAUGGAAUGCUGGCGUUCUUGGCCCAGUUACAUUGUAUGGACUCAAUGAAGGAAGGAGAGAUUUGUCAUGGCAGAAGUGGUCUUACAAGAUUGGCCUUACAGGAGAACAUCUGAGUCUUCAUUCUCUUAGUGGGAGUUCCUCAGUAGAGUGGGGUCAGGGGUCGUUAGUGGCCCGGAGGCAGCCACUGACAUGGUUCAAGACUACUUUCAAUGCUCCGGCUGGAAAUUCUCCGUUGGCUUUAGAUAUGGGCAGCAUGGGUAAAGGUCAGAUAUGGAUAAACGGACAAAAUGUUGGUCGCUAUUGGCCUGCAUACAAAGCAUCUGGAUCCUGUGGUGACUGCAAUUAUGCCGGAACAUACAGAGAGACGAAAUGCUUAAGAAAUUGUGGAGAGGCUUCUCAGAGAUGGUAUCACGUCCCUCGUUCUUGGCUGAACCCAACUGGCAACUUGUUGGUUGUGCUUGAAGAAUGGGGCGGAGAUCCGAACGGGAUUUCUUUGGUUAGAAGAAAAGUAGAUAGCGUAUGUGCUGAUAUUUAUGAGUGGCAGCCAACACUGAUGAAUUGGCAAAUGCAAGCCUCUGGAAGAGUAAAUAAACCAUUGAGGCCUAAGGUCCAUUUAUCAUGUGGUCCUGGGCAGAAAAUCUCGUCAAUCAAGUUUGCUAGCUUUGGAACGCCAGAAGGCGUUUGUGGAAGCUACCGACAGGGAAACUGCCAUGCUUUCCACUCUUAUGAUGCUUUUAACAGGCUUUGUAUGGGGCAGAACUUCUGCUCAGUGACUGUGGCACCUGAAAUGUUCGGAGGAGAUCCUUGCCCCAAUGUCAUGAAGAAACUAGCCGUGGAGGCUACGUGCAGCUGAUGAAUCUACAUAUUUCAAAGCACAAUAAAGGAAGGUUCUGGACUGAUUUCAAUACAGCAAUUACAGUACAAAUAUAUAUUUUUGGAAGCAAAUUAAGCCCUCAUGUACGUUGAAGACUGCCACAAUCAUUCAUUUAGGCUUUGUACAAGGUGAAGUUGUACAGUAUACAACACACCAUGAGGUUAAAAGCCCUUAUAAUAGAUUGUUGGUGAGCUGUAUGUCUAUUGCAUUUAGCCAUGAUCGGGUACCUGCACGUACCCGGAAGUUGAAGAGCAGGGUGGAGCAACUGGUAGAAGCACAUUGAGAUGAAGCUGAUAAGAGUCCAUGUGCUAGCAUUUGUUAGAUUUAGAUUAUGGAAAGCAUCUUGUUUCCAGUCAAUUAUUCACUUGUUCAUUGCUUUGUUUGAAAUUUUUAAGAAGGUAAUAUUAUCAAGCAUGUUAAGAAUUCUGUCCCAAGCUUUAAUGAUAUUAACUUUAUCUUGAUUUGC